CAUCUUCCCUUUUUGUAAUUUCCAUUUUUAACCCUUCCCCCUUUUCAAGCUCGUCGGCGGCGAAGGGUUUCUCACUGCCCAUCAAGUUCCACCUCUCCUCCCUCUUCCUCAUCUAACGCCGACUUCACCUCCUCCCCUUCAUCUCUAUCUGCCUCAACUGUGCCGACUUUACCCUUCCUUUCCUCCUCCUCCUUCAUGUUCUCCGUUUGUCCCUGACAACUCCUUCCCCUUCUUCCUGCAUCGUCAACUUCCCACUCUUCCAAGAUAGUGCUAGGUGUUUGUCAUGCUCCCUUCAGCCAUUUUCGCCAUCAAGUCGAUGCGCACCGUCGAGAUCGUUGAUCAACACAUCUGUACGACGUGCCACUUCUCGGUGCCAUGGAUCUCUUCAAGAUGCUGACGAUUAUGCUCCUGAGAAGGUCUAACUAGAGUGCAAUUGCUUUGCUAGUGAGAUUUUAAAAAUGGGAGGAAGACAUUACAGAGUAUGGUGGCCACAACAGCUCUUGCCCUCCACGUCCAGUUCUGGCCUGUUGCUCUUUGGUUGGUUUAUGGAUUCUAUAGAUUCUAUUGACAUUGUCGUAGCAACUGCAAUUCCUUCAGAAAAGAUGACGGCCCUUCCUAUUCAGACUAAUAUUGAGGAAAUCUUUAAAUCUGUCAAUCAAAAGAUGCCAGUGAGACUGAAUGAAUCCUCCACAUUUUCUCUUCUGGGAUAUUGCGUUACUGAUUUCACUGCUGGCAAACUGAGACCUGUAUGCAAUCAGAAUGAUAGGUGUCUCUUAAGAAAACAGUUUGAUGAGGAAUGCUAUAAAGAACUAAAAGCUUGUCAAAUUAAUGGAAUAUGGAACUGUGAUUGCAUGGAUUUAAUAGAACCACACUUCCUGUCUUUGGUGAGAUGCAAUAACUGGAUUUUUAUGCUAUGUAAGGCCCAAAGAAUCCUAUAUAAAAGGAAUCAACAGGUUCCAUGCCUGCAUCAUGUGCAUCAAAAUGGUGAUUUAUUGUCUCCUAUUCAUGCCCACAUAAUAGUAUAUGAAGUCCCAACCUAUGGUGCAAGUCAUGUUUCUUUGAGUUCUUGGUAUUCUAGUGAACAUGUUGAUUUGCUGUCACAGAAGCCAAAUUGGGUGAAGGAAAUUUAUAAGAAGCCUGUAGUCAUUAAUUUGGAGACAGUUAUUUUGGCACUCAAUUGCUCAGAUGCUGCCAAAACAUUCUUUUUGCAAAUGGAAAGCACUCAUAGUCCCAUGAUUAGCAUCUUCUUUGUGUCAAAAAUGCUGAUGAGGGUGGCAUCCAUCAUAUGGCACAUUGUGGCAGCAAUUGUAGCUUCUAUCUCCACAACUAUGUAUAUAUUCCUUCAAUUUUUACAUAAACCCUUGAGUCAUGGACCGGUCUUGUUUAUAUUAUCAAAGAUGUUCAUGCACACAUGCAAGAAUGUGCACAUUCGUAGUUGUCAGUUUCUGUACUGGCCAGUUAUUCUUCAAGCCCCCAGUAUCAGCAUUUCCCAUUCAAGUGUUGAACAUUCUCACAAAGCUGCAUUAAGGAAGCACUUCAUAUGGUCUAAUGUUUUGAUGGAUAUUACCUUUGGGAUUGUUCUUGGAAUCCUAUUGUUGGCCAAUGUUGAAACUAUUUGUUCUUGGAUUUUGGUUAUUGUCCAUCAAGUAACAAAUGACCUGUUGCGCUCAGGUUCUGUAUGGUUAAUGGGUGUCCCCGCUGGUUUUAAACUGAAUAAUGAGCUAGCAGAGCUUAUUGGCAUAAUUUCUCUUAACGCAAUCCAAGUUUUUUCUACCCUAUGGUCCUUUAUGGGUGCUUUUUUGCAAAAUUAUAUGCAGGUUCUUGCACUCUUGGGGAUCGUUUUUGGCCUGACUGUACCAAUGGCCUUGUGCAUUGAUUUGCUUAAGCUUGCAACACUUCAUAUUUAUAUUCUGCAUUGCCUUAUGUCUUUUCUGUAUUCGCAGCAGAUUCAGGCUUUAGCUUCCUUAUGGCGCCUUUUUCGUGGACAGAAGUGCAAUCCACUUCGGCAACGCUUUGAUAGUUAUGACUACACAGUUGAGCAGCAUGUUGUUGGUUCUCUUCUGUUUACACCACUUCUGUUGCUCAUUCCAACCACUUCUGUGUUCUACAUUUUCUUCACAAGUUUGAUUACAACCAUUAUUUUCCUGACCAUCAUAUUUGAGAUCAGUAUUUCAUUGCUUCAUGCUACUCCCUAUGCUGAGAUAUGGAUUUGGAUUAUGAUAAGGAGGAGAUUUCCUUCUGGAAUAUGGUUUGAAGUCUUAGAUUGUGAUAAUGGAAUUAUUGAUGAAGUUAAUUCGCAUACUUGUUUGGAUGGAAGGCAGUGUGAUUACUUUCUUGGUGGAGAAACAAGCUCUUUGGUUUCACUUCUUUGCAGUAAUUAUGCUACAAUAGGUAACAAAUCAAAAUUUUCAGUUGUCUUCUUCUCUGGAAAAAUAUGGAUAAUGGCUAAUCUGCCUGUAGUUUUAUGAAAUCGUUGCUUUUACUAGAACUAGUUUUUACAUUUCUUGGGUAUCCACUUUGUGUCUAGUAGACAUCAAGUAUACAACUAUCUAACAGCUCAAGAAACUGUUGAACACAAAAAUCGGUCAUGUCUAAUAAUUACUAAAUGAAACAUAAACCUGUGUCAUGCAUUUAUUUUUUUCCAUAUAAACUCUUUCCUUUAUGUUCUAAAUAAUCUGGACCAUCAACCCAUAAUAUAUGGUGUGGACUAAUAGUUUUUACGGAGUGUAUCUGUUGGGGGGAACUUUUAAGUAUCUAUAUAUGAAACUCUGUGUUAAGCAUUAAACAAUUUUCUCUGUGUUAUUGCUAAAACUUAGAUUACAGUGAGUAUCCUACUAAAAAAGAUGAAGAGUAAAUGGCAGAGGAACAUAAUCAACCUAUUACUACAAAUGUUUGGUCAAAUACUGCCACUUGUUAGUUGAUCAUAGUAGCAAGUGAACUUUGGGGCAUUAAACUAGUUGUCUACUACCUUUGCUUGCUGAUACAUAUAAUAUGUGAAAUAUUUAUUUAUAUAUUUAACAAUCAUUAGGGAAUAGAACUGUGGAUGAUUCUCAUUCAAUCUUGCAAAAAGUUGUUCUCAUCACAAAUAAUGGCAGAAUGCAAUAUCUGUUGCCUAGAAGAAUGUGCCAAUAGGAUUACCUUUUGAAACCAUGCAUUCAGUUAUUACAUUGUAAUGAAUCACAAUCGAGGGAGUGAAGGUUUGGUAGGAAUUUAAUUAAUUGGCAGUGGUUCUUUUAAGCAGUUGUAUCUUCAUGGUGGUUGUAUGUCUUCAUUAAAUAGGUUUAGUGAUUAUUUGACCUCGUGAUUUUUUGCCUAUCAAAACUGCACCCUAACUUGAAUUUUUCUCAAAUUACCCCUAUAAAUUUUGCUUAAUAGGAAAAUGAGUUACUUGGCCAAUGAAUAUCACCCAUUUGAUUUGAGUAGUAGAAAGGUUUUAAUUUUAUAAAAUAAAAAAUAACAACGUGCAUAAAAAUAUGUUUGGUUUCAAAUUCAUAAGAGAAUAAUUUUGUAAAGUAUUUGGCA